AUGAGCAUCGCCAAUCGGCUGAGCGCCUUUCUGCUCGCUUUCUUCCUCCAAGGAGUCCAUGGAGCGGCCCUCAACAGUGAAGGUUGUGCGGGUCUACAAGAUGGAUCCUAUUCAUUUGGAUGCAGUCAAGACUACUUCAUGUGCUCAAAUGGCAUCUCUUUCCCCCACAAGUGUGCCGACGGAUUGGUGUUCAACGAGCAGGCAAUUGCCUGUGACUUCCCGGUGAAUGUGCCUGCUUGUGCUCCACUCAUCGAUCAACCACCACAAGAUCUUGUUCGAGAGAAUCAACCGGUCAUCGGUGUUCUGCCUCCAUCAAUGAUGGGACAAAUGCCAGGCCAACAACCCCAAUCUCCAGAGCCAUUUCACGGACUACCACCCGUUCCCAAUGGAGGAUCUCUUCAGCAAUUUCCCGACAACUCUCCAGCCAUGAUGCAAGCGAUUUCUGAAGUGAUCACCCCAGCCGAAACUCUCCCACUCAACACACCGAUGUUCCAGGAUUGGUCUCAACAAUCAUGGGUUCAACAGCCAGUGUCUCAACAAUCAGCGAGCAGCUGGGGGCCACAACCACCAGCUCCCUUGUCGCAGAGCGCACCAGCAACCAACUCUUGGACACCUCUUGAGCCAGUUCAACAAGCUCCAGCUUCAACGAACACCUGGACUAUGCCUCAACCAAUGCCUCUCAAACAAGGUGUUGGACUCGAUCAAUCACCGCUUCUGCAACAAACUGAGUGCCAAAAUCGAGCUGAUGGCCAGUACUCGAUGGGUUGCAGUGAGAAGUUCUUGAUGUGCACAAAUGGAAUUGCGAACAUUCACAGCUGCCAAAGUGGACUCGUUUUCAAUGAAAUGGCGAAUAUGUGCGAUCACUCCUCAAAUGUGCCCAUCUGCAUUGGACAACAAGUACCAGCUAUUGAACCAAGUCUAGUUUCAGCUCCUGGAUUCCAUCCUCAAGAUCAGCCACAACAAACUGCCUGGCAAGUGCCAAACUCAAUCCCCGUUCAACAACAACAGCCAGCUGUUCAAUCGUAUCAACCACAAACUGAACAACAGGCUAGCUCAUGGCAACUACCAUCUCCACUUCCAAACAACCAACAACAACUCGCUCAAGUGGCGGCUGGUUUGAACUGCCAAAACCGUCCGGAUGGUUCGUACUCUGUUGGUUGUUCUGCUAACUACUUCAUGUGCUCGAACGGAAUCGCUUCUCCACAGCAAUGUCAAGCUGGAUUGGUCUUCAAUGCGGCUUCAACGAUUUGCGACUUCUCAUCCAAUGUCGCUGAAUGUGGUGGUGCUCAAAGUCCUCCAACCAAUCAGCAGAACACAUACUCACCGUAUCCAGCUGCAUCUCAAGCACCUCCCACCGGCUACCAGCAAAGCUCACCAACGUAUACACAGGCUCCAUCGUCCGUUGCACAGGCACCAACAGCUUCUCCAGCUUGUCAAAAUCGUCCCGAUGGUUCAUACUCUGUUGGUUGUUCUGCUAACUACUUCAUGUGCUCGAACGGUAUCGCUUCUCCGCAGCAAUGUCAAUCUGGAUUGGUCUUCAAUGCAGCAUCAACGGUUUGCGACUUCCCGGCAAAUGUUGAUGCUUGUGGUGGCGCUCAAAGUCCUCCUACUAGCAACCAGCAAACAACGUACGCACAAACACCAUCGUACACUCAGCCACAAACGUAUGGACAGGCACAAUCACCAGCAGCCUCUCCAGCUUGUCAAAACCGUCCCGAUGGCUCAUACUCUGUUGGUUGUUCUGCGGAUUUCAUCAUGUGCUCAAACGGUAUCGCUUCUCCACAACAAUGUCAAUCUGGAUUGGUCUUCAAUGCAGCAUCAACGGUUUGCGACUUCCCGACGAACGUGGCCGCUUGUGGUGGAGCUCAAAGUCCUCCUUCAAGUUUCCAGCAACAGCAAUACACACCACCAACAUCUCCAGCGUGCCAAAAUCGGCCCGAUGGUGCGUUCUCUGUUGGCUGCUCUGGGGACUUUUUCAUUUGUUCAAACGGGGUCGCCACUUCGCAGAAAUGCUCCACUGGAUUGGUCUUCAAUUCGGCCAUAACGGCUUGCGACUACCCAGCCAAUGUUGCUGCUUGCGGUGCUGCUCAAAGCCCUCCAACACAAGUUGGUUACCAGCAAAAUCCAGCAGCAUCUCCAGGCCCUCCAACACAAGCUGGUUACCAGCAAGGCUCCUACUACCAAAAUCCAGCAGCAUCUCCAGCAGCUUCCUACCCACAAAUGCCCGUUUAUCCAACUUUGAGAGCUUUGUUCAAAGGAAAUUGUCAAGCCGGUCAAGUCUAUCCACGUGGCGGCUGUAUGGACACCUAUCUCCGAUGCACAGAUGGAGUCCGUUUUGAUCAACUGGCUUGCUCAUUUGGACAAAGCUUCGAUCCAACGAGCCUCAUCUGUCGUGCCAAAUCGGAGAUCCCAACUUGCAAUGAUCAAGAAGAAUAUGAGCCAAUCUACAUCAACAAUGCAGCCACUGGAAAAGAUCUUUUCAAGAAAGAGUACCUCGAGGACGAUAUCAUCAUGUCCGUCGGCUAUUCUGCGCCAAACACUGGAUAUGGACAAGCUGGAUAUGGACAAUCUGGAUCUGGACAAUUUGGAUAUGGACAACCUGGAUCUGGACAACCUGGAUCUGGACAAGCUGGAUAUGAACAAUCUGGAUAUGGACAAUCUGGAUAUGGACAAUUUGGAUAUGAAUCAUCUCCUGCAGCCUAUUCCCAAUCACCAGCCUAUUCUCAACCCUCUCCACCACUACCGCCAUUCAAUCCUCUCAAUGAUCUCGGAAGCUUUGAGGAUCACGGGGAUGAUAUGGUAUCGGACGUGUUCGGAAGAGGGAUCCACGAGCGGCGCACUGUCGGACAAAUGCUCGAUUUUGGAGGAUUCUUUGUGAAAGGACAAGGAAAGCACGAACAUCAUCACCAUCGACGAGAUGGAGGCGACGGAAAGAAAGUCAUCAGAACACCGGAUGCAUUUGAAGGAAGAAAAUUCCCUCGGGUACUCUCAAAUCCAUUCUUCGCCGGGCAAAAGCGAAAAACCUCGGAAUUGUCGGAUGUUUUGGAUAAAAAAAGUGGCCGUUUGACUGAUUCGAUCUUCAAAUUUUUCCCCACUCACAAAAAACAUCGACAAUCGAGAAAAAACCAUUCCCACGAGCACAAACACAAGAAAUCCCAUCACAAUGACAGCUCGAAAGAUGACAGUGACAAUAUCGAGACAGCAAAUAUUGAGGGUUCUGGCGAGGAAGCU